CUGGGCAUGCAAUACUGGCUUUCUUCAUAUUUGCCUUUCUGUGUGUGUGUGUUUGUGUGUGUGUGUUUGCACUUUAGAAGAGCCAUCAGAAAAGGAUGACUGGUAAGAGUCAGACAAGCAACGUGACCAACAAGAAUGACCCACGUUCCCUCAACUCCAGAGUCUUUAUUGGCAACCUCAACACAGCCAUCGUUAAGAAGGCCGACAUAGAAGUCAUCUUUGCCAAGUACGGCAAAAUCGUGGGCUGCUCCGUUCACAAGGGCUACGCCUUCGUCCAGUACAUGAGUGAGAGGAACGCCCGGGCCGCCGUCGCUGGCGAGAAUGCCCGGAUCAUAGCAGGACAACCGCUGGAUAUCAACAUGGCUGGAGAGCCCAAACCGUACAGGCCUAAAGCUGGCUCUAAAAGACCCCUCUCUGCCGUAUACAGUGGAUAUGAAUUUGACUAUGACUAUUACCGUGAAGAUUUCUAUAAUCGGCUCUUUGACUACCACGGACGCGUGGCCCCGCCUCCAAGGGCCGUCAUCCCUCUGAAACGCUCGCGCGUCGUGGUGCCGUCGACGCGGAGAGGAAAGACUUCGUUCUCCAUCAAAACCUCCACUUCUUCAUCCUCAAGGCCACCCUCAUCCUCCUCCUCCUCCUUUUCCUCCGGCCUCAAGCUGAAGACGGAUCAACUCCAGACAAUCAAGCGUGAGCUGACUCAGAUCAAGCUGAAGAUCGACUCUCUCCUGGGCCGUCUGGAGAAGAUAGAGAAGCAGCAGAGAGCCGAGGCGGAGGCUCAGAGGAAAUAUGAGGAUAACUGUGACUCACUACAUGAGGAGUCCGUGUCAGAGACGGCGGAGAACUCGGCUGAGGAGGCAGGCGAAGGGACGCUAGACGCAGAGGCCGGAGAGAUGACUGACGGCGGAGAGGAUGACUACGACGAAGAGGGCAGCACUGAUCUGAUAGAGAACCAUGUGUCUGACAUUGACAACUAAAGGCCAUGCCAAAUGGGAAAUCAACGCUGCUUUGUCACUGCAGUGUCAGGGGGGAAGGAAGGAUGACAUGAAACUGUGAGAAAAGCUUCAAAGAAAGGGAAAAGGAAAAUUGAACUGAUAACUUUUAGAGAGACAAUGAGAGCAGGCAUGUGAUUGGUCCUGGUGAGAGGUGAAGCAGCACUCAUGGACAAAUCUCUCACGGCCAGUCAUUAUCAACCGCUCAGCAUUUCACUGGCCUUCAUUUGAUUACCUUGAAAUAUUCAUUCGUUCAGAGGAUGGAGCUUAACAUUGCUUGUAUAGAGUGAAAAUAAAAAAUGAACUACUGAGACCUGAUUAUAUGCUUUUUUAAAGUGGUUUUACACACGUAUUAUGAUUUGUCGUGGCAUUAUACGAUGCAUAAUUUUGGUUCUCCAUGUGUAAUCUUCCAGCUUGAAUAUUCCAGCUUGUUUUAUUUUCAUUAAAUGUCUAAGCGAAUUCAACUUUUUUAUCUGUGAUAAUCCAUGUAAAUAUAGUG